CAUACCCAGAUGACCGCUAUGGCCCUCCACCACCGCGUAGGGGCGGGUAUGAAGCGGAACCAUAUACAAAUGGUCACUCCCGUGAGCCAUACGGAGGUCGCCCACCAAGCCCUCGCCGCGACGGCCGAGGCUACGAUCGAGGAGGAUACGGUGGGGCUGAGCGACCUUACAGAACCGGAUCGAUGCAAGCGUCCUGAUUUGUUUCACCACGCCAGUACAUACACAUACCCAUUGUUUCGAAGCGCUACCUAACGCCAGCAAGCAUGAAGCUGGGGAGGUAAGACACAUUCAUCAGACUGCGAACACCACUCACGGAUUUCAUACUGGACGGGCUUCAUGGGAUUGGGAUUGCGGAGCAUGGAAAAGUGGAGGGUAUACAGUUUUCAGUACUCAUCAUUUGCGUUUGACAUGAUGCAGCGUUUACCCAUACGCGCGCGUUGGCUGUUGAUGCUGGUGCCUUGGCACUUUCCAUUGUAAUUAUACAGGAAGGCAGAGGGUUUGCAUCGAGCGGCCGGCGCAAUGUGUGGGUCGUGUACGGUAUCAACAGAUUGGUG